AUGUCUGCGUCUCCAGCUCCCCAGAAUGGCUCCGGCCAGCAACAGCAGCAAGGAACCGAUCAAAUUCAUUUCAAAUUCUGUCGCGAAUGCUCCAACUUGUUAUACCCGAAAGAAGACCGCGCGACGAAUUCCCUAGUGUUUGCAUGCCGAACCUGCCACGUCGCCGAGCCAGCAACAUCAUACUGCGUUUUUCAGAACAAACUUCAUAGCCAGGUUGGCGACACUGCAGGAGUAACACAGGACAUCGGAAAUGAUCCAACUGUUGGUCUACCAUUAUGUCUCCUCUGUGGGGAGCUGAUAAGCUGCGACUCUUACGGGGAUUUUGCAGAAUACAUGGCCUGGAACAGACCUUCUCAGCAGAAGCAGAGCUAG